CCCCUUGGCUCGUGGUUUUCUGUGUUCCGAUCGGAUUCGAGUAGUCCGGCGCCGUCCACCAGCACCAACGAGGAGGUCGAAGAGCGGAGCUUCAGAGCUCCAUCGGUCGAUUCGCUCUUCGUGGAGUUCGACGACAGAGAGCUUGCUGCUCGCGAGCGCGAGGGAAGUGGUGAAGUUGUUGCCGAGCCGGAAGCGGAGCCCCUGGAGUCGUCGGAGCCUCGUCACCAGAAGAGGCCAUCGGAUCAGCGCCCAUCCGACGACGUCAUCGCUUCGAAGAAGGCCCGCACCCUUCAUCAUUUCUCGGUGGUGAAUAUCACUGUCCACCUCCCGGAGAACGACAGCCAUCCGGAACUCCUCCAUCUUCUCGCUGAAAUUGGAGUGACGGACGUGGAGUCGAUCUGGUACCACUCGAUGCCCCUGAUGAACAAUGUCCCCAAAAAAGUCGCGAAGUUUGCAGUCAAGACCAGCGAAUCGGCGGCUAAAAUUCAAGCCAUCAUCGAUCAAUCCGAGUGGCUCGAUGUAUUCCUGGUCGAGACGAUGCCUACGAGCGGCUUUUUUUGGGCUUCGACGCCUGUGGAGGAAGUGGUGAGGGCUUGCGUCCUUGCACACUUCUUCAAGGUGCACGCAGUCGAUGGGAUGUUGUUGGAGGACCAGGAAUACUUCAGGAUGCCGCUCCAAGAUCCGAGAACGAUGAAGGAGAUGAAGGGGAAACUGUCGAAAAUCGGAUGGGGUGUGCUUCGGCGAUUAGCGAAGGAUAUUGGAGUUUCCAUUUGAAU